UCAAAAGUGUCAUCAGUUGUUUACUUGUCUCACAGUGACUAGUUCCGACAGCAGUGUGUGUUUAGUUCAGCUGCAUAUAGCAGCUUCCAAAAUAACGCAUUUCGUAUAUUAAUAUGUUUGAUUAAUUUUUAUUUAAUUCACAUAUUCUGUUUAAGUCAUUUAUUAUUGUUGGGCCUAUAUUGAAUGGCUUUCAGUGGGUUAGCUCUCAGCUAGCGCUAACCUCCCCAGCGCUCCUCAAAAUCAACCGAUUCAGUUCGUCAAAAAACAAAACAAUUCUGAAACAUGUCGUGUACGUGUGCUUUAGCAGCGAGAAAACUCAUAAAUUCUGCUCAUAAAGGAAUAUCCGGCUCCAGAGUCCAGUUCCUGUCACUGAGCCUCCCGGGAGCUCGUGAGGUUCGUCUGGCACGCCGUAUCCCCGUCAGGUCAUUCUCCGAGACUUCUGUGUACUUUGCUUCAAAAGAUGGGAUUAAAGAUGGAGAUGGCGGAAAGAAAUCUGUUGGUGAAGGAAGUGGAAAGAGAUCCAGCUCAAAUAAUUCUGGCAAAGGAGGAAGUCAGCUGAGAUGCCCUAAAUGUGGAGAUCCUUGCACACAUGUAGAAACAUUUGUUUCAUCAACUCGCUUUGUGAAAUGUGAAAAAUGCCACCACUUUUUCGUGGUGCUUUCCGAAACGGAUACUAAGAAGAGUUUGAGUAAAGACCCGGAAUCCGCAGCAGAAGCUGUCAAGUUGGCUUUCCAACAGAAACCCCCUCCACCACCUAAAAAAAUCUAUGCUUAUCUGGAUAAGUAUGUUGUGGGUCAGGACCAUGCUAAGAAGGUUCUGGCAGUGGCCGUUUACAACCAUUAUAAACGCAUCUACAAUAACAUGCCCACAGGCUCCAGACAGCAGCAGGUGGAGGCGGAGAAACAGGCCUCCCUCACUCCUCGAGAGCUAGAGCUAAGACGACGAGAGGACGAAUACAGGUUUACAAAGCUGCUCCAGAUCGCAGGGAUCAGUCCUCAUGGAAACGCUCUGGGUGCCUCCAUGCAGCAGCAGUUGAACCAGCAGGCAGCUCCAGAGAAGAGAGGAGGAGAAGUGCUGGACUCCACACACACCGACAUCAAACUAGAGAAGAGCAACAUAGUGCUGCUGGGCCCUACUGGCUCUGGAAAAACACUUCUGGCACAAACGCUGGCCAAAUGCCUGGAUGUUCCCUUUGCAAUCUGUGACUGCACCACCCUCACCCAGGCGGGGUACGUGGGAGAGGACAUAGAGUCAGUCAUCGCAAAGCUUCUGCAGGACGCCAACUAUGUGAUCGAGAAAGCUCAGCAAGGUAUCGUGUUUUUGGACGAAGUGGACAAGAUUGGCAGCGUUCCCGGGAUCCAUCAGUUAAGGGACGUGGGAGGAGAGGGAGUGCAGCAGGGUUUACUUAAGCUACUGGAAGGCACUAUUGUUAAUGUUCCUGAGAAGAACACAAGAAAGCUGAGAGGUGAAACUGUGCAAGUUGACACCACCAACAUCCUGUUUGUAGCAUCUGGAGCAUUUAAUGGACUCGACCGUAUCAUCAGCAGGAGAAAGAAUGAGAAGUACCUUGGGUUUGGAACACCGUCUAACAUGGGGAAAGGUCGAAGGGCGGCAGCAGCGGCUGACCUGGCAAACACCACAGGUGGAGAGAUGGACGCAGUGGCCGAGAUCGAGGAGAAAGACCGACUUCUGAAACACGUGGAGGCCAGAGACCUCAUUGAAUUCGGCAUGAUUCCUGAGUUUGUGGGCCGUCUUCCCGUUGUGGUUCCACUGCACAGUCUGGAUGAGGAGACGCUGGUGCGCAUCCUUACGGAGCCACGCAAUGCUGUCGUGCCACAGUAUCAGGCUCUCUUCAGCAUGGACAAGUGUGAUCUCAACGUUUCGACUGAUGCCCUUAGAGCGAUCGCCAGAUUAGCUCUGGAGCGUAAAACCGGAGCCCGUGGGCUUAGAUCCAUAAUGGAAAAACUGCUGCUUGAUCCCAUGUUUGAGGUGCCACAUUCAGAUAUUGUGGCAGUGGAGGUGAACAAGGAAGUGGUUCAAGGAAAAGCACCAGCUCAGUACAUAAGAGCUGCUGCUAAAGACUCCUCUGAGGAGGAGUAUGAUUCUGGAAUCGAGGAGGAGAACUGGACAAGACAGGCUGAUGCCGCCAAGAACUAAAAACUACAAACCCGGUUUAAAAUCAAGACUUUUCUGUAGCUGAUUGUUUGCAUCCUCCGUUGUCCUAAGGGUCCAUUUCUCACUAUACGCUUGUGAUGAUUUGUUACUCACUUUGGAAAAUCUUAUUCUGUGAAUUUAUGCCAUCUCUUCCCUCACUUUAUGUAAUCAUGGCUCAUAGAAAUAAGUUCAGUCUACCAAGUCUGUGGGAAGUCUCCCCUGAACCUAUCCUCCUAAAGAGAUUUAUGAAAUAUAAAGAAUUUUAUUUUAUUUUAUUUCAUUUUAAUUUCUCUUUGCCCUGCUUGGAAUAAAAUUACACAUUUUGUGUCACACUGGUCAUGUGCUUGUUAUAGUUACUGUAGCAGACAUUGAAAUAAAGUAUCCAAUAUGACAUUUCUGUAGCUGAACCAUAUGAAUAAUAAUUAGAACCCCACCAGAAUAUGUAUUUGAUAAAGGUCUCUUUAAUCAAAUUAUGUCUCUGUAUAAGCUAACUUUAAAUUUGGCACAUUAUUUCUUUCCUUCACUCAAUGCUGUGGAUUGAAGUGGGAUUUUUAGAUGUCCAGUUUGCUAUUACUCUCAGGCUGCUAUUUGCAUUAUUUUAAGUGUCAAGAAAAUCAGUAACUGGCUGGAACUUCAAGGACAUGCCUACUGUCACCUGAUCAAUGUCUUGUUUUAAUUUCUCCUGUUAUUCACAAAGUUGCCCAGUAAUGGAAGAUGUAUUUGUAUCGGCAACCAAGUCAACUGGUCUCUUUGAGAAAGUUGCACAUCAGUAACUGCAGUAGUUACACAGUGAUUUAAUCUCUGUGCUGGAUUACCGGUGUAAUUCAUUUUUAAUCUCUUCACAGAAAUGGAUUUCUUUUUCUUUUGAAUUGCAUUGUUAUAGAGUUUACUCACAUUAAUGCAACGCGGGAAGGGGUUACUUUUUACAUAGAGAGAGUAGAAACCUUGUAUGAUUCAGCCGUCAAGUCAAAGGAUAUAUGUACAAAAAAAAUGAUGUAUGAAUAAAAUGUAAAUAUUAUCACUGAACAAUGCAGGUAUUCUGUUGUAUUUCAAUAAACACAACAAUGAGCAUUAGAUAAAGACCAACAAAGAAACUAAAUAUGACA